GACUCGAAGAACAAUUUCAUUCGCAACUACCUGAGCGUCUCUCUGACGGAGCAGCAUAUGGCCACCCUGGCCAGCAUCAUCAAAGAAGUGGACAAGGAUGGGCUUAAAGGGACCUCCGAAGAGGAAGAGUUUGCGGCUGCGCUGUACCAUUUCAACCACUCCUUGGUGACCUCUGACCUCCAGUCUCCAACCUUGCAGAACAUUCUCCUGCAGCAGCUGGGGGUGUCUCCUUUUUCCGAAGGGCCGUGGCCUCUCUACAUCCACCCCCAGAGCUUGUCGGUGCUCUCCCGUUUCCUCCUCAUCUGGCAGCAUAAAGCCAGCACCCAGAUGGACCCGGAUGUCCCAGAGUGUCUGAAUGUGUGGGAGAGGUUUGUGGGCACUUUGAAGCAAAACGCCCUGCAGGGGAUUCUCCCCGGCGACGCAGAGGACCUCAACGUGGAGCACCUCCAGCUCCUGCUGCUCAUAUUCCACAGCUUCUCCGAAAAAGGCCGGCGGACCAUCCUGACCCUCUGUGUCCAGACCAUCCUGGACAUUACAGCCAACCUGGACUCUCAGCUCCGAUGCGUCCCUCUCCUGCUAGCCCGCCUUCUCUUGGUCUUCGACUACCUGCUUCACCAAUACUCAAAGGCCCCCAUGUAUUUAUUUGAGCAGGUCCAGUACAACCUCUUAACUCCUCCCAUCGUUUGGGCCAGCGCGAGCCAGGAGGGCAGCCGGACGGUCUGUUCCCCACUUUAUCACGGCUUCAAGGAAGUGGAAGAAAACUGGGCCAAGCACUCUCCCUCUGACACCUCCCCCCAGCCGCGCUUCUACUGCAUCCUCUCCCCGGAAGCAUCGGAAGACGACUUGAAUCGCCUCGAUAGCACGGUGUGCGAGGUCUUGUUCUCCAAGGCCAUGAAAUACGACGAGCUCUACUCUGCCCUGGCCUCGCUGCUGGCUGCCGGCUCCCAGUUUGACACCCUCCGCCGGAAGGAGAACAAAAAUGUCACCGCCUUGGAGGCCUGCGGGCUUCAGUACUACUUCCUGAUCCUCUGGCGGGUCCUCGGCCUCCUUCCCCCGUCCAAGAGCUACAUGAACCAGCUGGCCGUGAACAGCCCGGAGAUGCGGGAAUGUGACAUCCUCCACACCCUGCGCUGGUCGUCCCGCCUCCACAUCUCCUCCUACGUCAACUGGAUCAAGGACCACCUCAUCAAACAAGGGAUGAAAUCCGAGCACGCCUCUUCCCUGGUCGAGGUGACUUCGGCCAAAUGCAGCUCUGUCAAGUACGACGUGGAGAUCGCAGAGGAGUAUUUCGCCAGGCAGAUCUCCUCUUUCUGCGGGAUUGACUGCACCACCAUCCUCCAGCUGCACGAGAUCCCCAGCUUGCAGUCCAUCUACACCCUGGACGCGGCCAUCUCCAAAGUCCAGGUCUCCCUGGACGAGCACUUCUCCAAGCUGGCUGCCGAAACUGACCCCCACAAGUCCUCGGAGAUCACCAAGAACCUGCUGCCAGCUGCCUUGCAGCUGAUCGAUACCUACGCCACCUUCACCAGAUCUUACCUGCUUCAGAGCCUUUGCGAGGACAGCUCGGCCGAGACCAAACCCACCGAAGAGAAGCUGCAAGGAUACGCGGCCGUACUGGCCAUUGGCUCCAGUCGCUGCAAAUCCAACACUCUGGGGCCGGUUCUGAUUCAGAAUUUGCCAUCAGCCGUCCAGUCGCUGUGCGAAUCCUGGAACAGCAUUCACACCAACGAAUUCCCCAACAUUGGGUCUUGGCGCAAUGCCUUUGCCAAUGACACCAUCCCGUCCGAGAGCUACAUCAGUGCCGUUCAGGCCGCCCACUUGGGCACCCUGUGCAGCCAGAGCCUCCCCUUGGCAGCCUCGUUGAAGCACACCCUCCUCUCCUUGGUCAGGCUCACUGGAGAUCUUGUGGUCUGGUCCGAUGACCUGAACCCGCCCCAGGUGAUCCGCACGCUGCUGCCUCUCCUGCUGGAGACAAGCACCGAGAGCGUGGCCGAGGUGAGCAGCAAUUCCCUGGAGAGGAUCCUGGGCCCAGCAGAAUCGGACGAGUUCCUCUCGCGGGUCUACGAGAAGCUGAUCAUGGGCUGCUACAACAUCCUGGCCAACCACUCCGACCCAAACAGUGGCCUCGACGAAGCCAUCUUGGAGGAAUGUCUGCAACAUCUGGAGAAACAGCUGGAGAGCAGCCAGGCCCGGAAAGCCAUGGAGGAUUUCUUUGCGGAAAGUGGGGAGCUAGUCCAGAUCAUGAUGGCGACUGCCAACGAGAACCUCUCGGCCAAGUUCUGCAACCGGGUUCUGAAAUUCUUCACCAAGCUCUUCCAGCUAACUGAGAAGAGCCCAAACUCCAGCCUUCUGCGCUUGUGUGGCUCCUUGGCGCAGCUGGCGUGCGUGGAGCCUGCCCGCCUCCAGGCCUGGCUGACCCGUAUGACCACCUCUCCCCCGAAGGAGUCCGACCAGCUGGAGAUGGUGCAGGAGAACAGGCAGCUGCUCCAACUCCUGACCACCUACAUCGUGCGGGAGAACAGCCAAGUCGGCGAGGGAGCCUGCACCGUCCUCCUGAGCACCCUCAUCCCCAUGGCUACCGAGAUGCUGGCAAACGGAGAUGGGACCGGCUUCCCAGAGCUUAUGGUGGUCAUGGCGACCCUGGCCGGGGCCGGACAAGGCGCCGGUCACCUCCAGCUGCACAGCGCAGCGCUGGACUGGCUGGGGAGAUGCAAGAAAUAUUUGUCUCAGAAGAACGUGAUUGAGAAAAUGAACGCCAGCGUCAUGCACGGCAAGCACGUGACCAUCCUGGAGUGCACCUGCCACAUCGUCUCUUACCUGGCUGACGUCACCAACGCCCUGAGCCAGAGCAACAGCCAGGGCACCUGCCACCUCUCGGUUGACGGAGAAGAGCGGGCCAUCGAAGUGGACUCGGACUGGGUGGAGGAACUGGCUGUGGAGGAGGAAGACUCGCAGGCCGAAGACUCGGACGAAGAUUCUCUCUGCAACAAACUUUGUACCUUUACCAUCACGCAGAAGGAAUUCAUGAACCAGCACUGGUAUCACUGCCACACCUGUAAGAUGGUGGACGGUGUUGGUGUGUGCACCGUCUGCGCCAAGGUUUGCCACAAGGACCACGAGAUUUCAUACGCGAAAUACGGAUCGUUCUUUUGUGACUGCGGAGCCAAGGAAGACGGCAGCUGCCUGGCCCUGGUGAAGAGGACCCCCAGCAGUGGCAUGAGCUCCACCAUGAAGGAGUCGGCCUUCCAAAGCGAGCCUCGCGUCUCAGAGAGUGUCCGCCAUUCCAGCACCUCGCCCACCGACAAAACCAAGUCCUCCGCCAGCGAUGGCCGAGGGGGUGACGAAGACAAGCCCAAGAAGAGCAACCUCUGCAGGAACGUGGAAGGAUGUCGGGAGCAGCUGCAGGCCCAGGCCAACUUCUCCUUUGCCUCUUUGGUCCUCGACCUGCUCAACUUCCUGAUGGAGGCCAUCCAGAUCAACUUCCAGCAAGCCUCGGCCAUGGGCAGCAGCAGCCGCGCCCAGCAGGCGCUCAACCAGCUGCAUACCUUGGACAAGACGGUUGAAAUGACCGACCAGCUGAUGGUGCCGACUCUGGGCUCCCAGGAAGGCGCCUUUGAGAACGUCCGGAUGAACUACAGCGGGGACCAAGGCCAGACAAUCCGGCAGCUGAUCAGCGCCCACGUCCUGCGGCGGGUGGCCAUGUGCGUGCUUUCCUCGCCUCACGGACGGCGGCAACACCUGGCAGUCAGCCACGAAAAGGGCAAGAUCACCGUGCUGCAGCUGUCCGCGCUGCUGAAGCAAGCCGAUUCCAGCAAGCGGAAGUUGACGCUGACCCGCCUGGCCUCCGCGCCCGUCCCCUUCACGGUGCUGAGCCUGACGGGGAACCCCUGCAAGGAGGACUACCUGGCUGUUUGCGGGCUGAAGGACUGCCACGUCCUCACAUUCAGCAGUUCGGGCUCCGUCUCAGAUCACUUGGUGCUCCACCCUCAGCUUGCCACGGGCAACUUCAUCAUCAAGGCUGUCUGGCUUCCGGGAUCCCAGACGGAACUGGCCAUUGUCACUGCUGACUUCGUCAAGAUCUACGACCUCUCGGUGGAUGCCUUGAGCCCCACCUUCUACUUCCUGCUGCCCAGCUCCAAAAUCCGGGACAUCACCUUCCUCUUCAACGAAGAGAGCAAGAACAUUGUGGUCAUCAUGUCCUCCGCGGGCUACAUUUACCUGCAGCUCAUGGAAGAGGCCAGCAGCGCCCAGCACGGCCCUUUCUACGUCACCAAUGUCCUCGAAGUCGCCCACGAGGACCUGAAGCAGGACAGCAAUGGCCAGGUGGCCGGGGGCGGAGUGUCCGUCUACUACUCCCACGUCCUGCAGAUGCUUUUCUUCAGCUACUCCCAAGGGAAGUCCUUCGCGGCCACCAUCAGCCGAGCUACCUUGGAGGUGCUGCACCUCUUUCCCAUCAACAUCAAGAGCUCUAACGGGGGCAGCAAGACCUCCCCAGCCCUCUGCCAGUGGUCCGAAGUCAUGAACCACCCCGGCCUCGUCUGUUGCGUCCAACAGACCACCGGCGUCCCUCUCGUCAUGAUGGUGAAGCCCGACACUUUCCUGAUCCAGGAGAUCAAGACCUUGCCGGCGAAAGCCAAGAUCCAAGACAUGGUGGCCAUCCGGCACACGGCCUGCAACGAGCAGCAGCGCACGACCAUGAUCCUCCUCUGCGAGGACGGCAGCCUGCGGAUCUACAUGGCCAACGUGGAGAAUACCUCCCACUGGCUCCAGCCCGCCCUGCAGCCCAGCAGCGUGGUCAGCAUCAUGAAGCCCGUCCGCAAACGCAAAGCGGCGGCCAUCCCCACACGCAGCUCCACCCAGGUGAAUUUCCCCAUCGACUUCUUUGAACACAACCAGCAGCUGACGGACGUGGAGUUCGGGGGCAAUGACCUCCUGCAGGUCUACAACGCCCAGCAGAUCAAGCACCGCCUCAACUCCACCGGCAUGUACGUGGCCAACACCAAGCCCGGGGGCUUCACCCUCGAGGUGACCAACAACAACAGCACCAUGGUGAUGACCGGCAUGAGGGUCCAGAUCGGGACACAAGCCAUCGAGAGAGCCCCUUCCUACCUGGAAGUCUUCGGACGCACCUUGCAGCUCAACCUCAGCCGCCCCCGCUGGUUCGACUUCCCCUUUACUCGCGAGGAAGCCCUGCAAGCCGACAAGAAGCUGACCAUUUUCAUCGGGGCCUCUGUGGACCCCGCCGGAGUCACCAUGCUGGAUGCCGUCAAGAUCUACGGCAAGACCAAGGAGCAGUUUGGUUGGCCGGACGAACCUCCGGAAGACUUCCCAUCGGCCUCCGUGAGCAGCGUCUGCCCCCCAAAUCUGAAUCAGGGGAACGGGGCUGGAGACACAGAGUCGGCGACCCCUGCAGCUGUGGGCGGCACUGUCCUGGAGAGGUAA